AUGACCCACUUAGAUUUCUUCAAGAAGUUCAAGAGAUUGAACCCUCUUGAGCCUUCCCUUGGCAUUCUUGGCUUCUUUUUAGCCACUCUUCUCUUCAUUGGCUGCUUCUUUUACUUGGAUUACAGGACUGUCACUCUUGGCUUUCGCCACCAUGGUGUCUCCUGGCUUGGACUUGUUGUACCUUCUUCAUCAGAGUUGACUGGUAAUGAUAAUGGACGGCUAGGAUUUCUUGAUAAGGAUGGUGAUUGGUGUGAUGUUUUUGAUGGGAACUGGGUUUGGGAUGAUAAUUAUCCUUUGUAUCGGAGUCAAGAUUGUUCCUUUAUGGACAAUGGUUUUAGGUGUUUAGAGAAUGGUAGGCCUGAUAGUUUCUAUACUAAGUGGCGUUGGCAACCCAAUAAUUGCAACUUGCCCAGAUUUGAUGCAAGGUUGAUGUUGGAAAAGCUGAGGAACCGGAGGCUUGUGUUUGUUGGAGACUCAGUUGGAAGGAACCAAUGGGAGUCCCUCCUCUGUAUGCUUGCCGCUGCUGUUCCUGACAAUUCUUCUAUUUAUGAGGUGAAUGGGAGCCCGAUCACAAAGCACAGGGGGUUUCUGGCGUUCAUGUUCAAGGACUAUAAUUGCACCAUUGAAUAUUAUAGGGCUCCAUUUCUAAUGGUACAGGGGCGGCCCCCUGCUGGAGCUCCGAAAGAGGUGAAGAUGACUUUAAGAGUGGAUACAUUGGACUGGACUUCUUCCAAGUGGAAAGAUGCAGAUGUGCUAAUUUUUAACUCUGGCCAUUGGUGGAAUCAUGAGAAGACAAUUAGAGGGGGUUGCUACUUCCAAGAAGGGGAGAAAGUAAAGAUGGAGAUGAGCGUUGAAACUGCAUAUCGGAGAUCAAUUGAAACUUUAAUUGAUUGGAUGCACACUGAAGUAAAUAUGAGCAAGACUCAAGUCUUCUUUCGAACCUAUGCUCCAGUGCAUUUCAGAGGUGGCGACUGGAAGACUGGUGGUAGCUGUCAUUUGGAAAAGCUUCCUGACUUAGGCUCAGUGCUAAUUUCACCAGAUUAUCGAUUCAAAAUAUUCUUUGAUGUGUUAUCAAAACACUCAAAUGAAUCACAAGUGAUGAACCUGCAUUUGUUGAAUGUUACAAUUAUGUCAGCACGGAGGAAGGAUGGCCAUGCAUCCUUGUACUAUUUAGAACCAAGUAGAGGUCCAGCUUCCCUACACCGUCAAGACUGCAGCCAUUGGUGCCUGCCUGGGGUUCCUGAUUCCUGGAAUGAGCUUCUUUAUGUGCUUCUUCUCAAGAGGGAGUUGGGUCGUGCACAAAAUUUAACAGAAUCUUCUCAAGCUCCUUUGUGA